GUGUGCCGCUAUGCUUAUUGAGUCGAAAGCAGGCUAACCGUUGACAGGUCCUCCUAAGCAGGAGAACCUCUAUCUAAGCCUUUUGCACUUUCAAUAGUAUAUAUAUUUUUUACUUGAUUGAAUACCUGAAACACUAGAACUGAAGGAAAAAUGCGACACAUACAUGUGGAGAUUGCACGGAAAGAGGCCCCGGUGGAACUUCCAGACCUAGAAGGGGACUUGCCUUCCUCUAAUGGGGUUGUGGUUGGCUCUGGGACUAGACACACGCUGACCAGACCCUUUGGGGAUGAGGAAAUCAAAUUGCAAAAGGUCUAUCAGCUUUCAAUCUUCUCCCAGAUGGGGCGAUUCAGUGAUGUCUCUGAAGAGCAGAGGAUAUUGAGGCCUGGAAUGAAGAGGGGACUGGAAGGGCCACUGCAGAGCUGUAGGCGUCCUCACCUGGAAGGGGAAUAUACUGAAGCCAAGUCCACGUAUGAAUCUCCCGUGGAGGUUCUAGAGGGUGAAAUAUUGUGCGGGCAGCAUUUCUCCUGCACUGCAACACACUUGAUUGAGCACACAGAUGGUGUGCCCACCCAAGCCUGCUCCCAGCCCGCCUUGCCUUCCACCCCCUUAAAACAUCCAACACAGCACAAUCAAAAUGGGCUUGUCCCAAAUGCACAGACCACGCACUCCUCCGGAAACGAGCUCCUGGCAGUAGAUUCUGUCCAACUCCGAAGCCCUGUUUCCCAAACUUUCCUGACCAGGAUCACAGCACAAUCAGUAUGUGCCGUGCCUGACUGCACCCUAGGUGACCUGAGCACUGAAGGCUGUAGCAAGGGAGGCUCUGCAGGACAGCAAUUGCCCAGCAAUGCAGAGCUCACUGACCAGGCAUUCGGAGUUCCAGCAAUAUCUAUUACCUCAGACCUCCAAAGACACUUUGAGCUUAGGGAUAUGCAGGCUAACGGAGAAUCAAGUCCCCUGAAGUCCAGUGGUUUCCAGGCUGUCCACGCCAAUGGCCUGGCAUCCUCAGAGAAAACCCCUGUAUCCCUACCAAUACCUUCUUCCAGCCUGUCUAGUCCUAGUACGUUCUCCGCUAGGAAAAAGCUUCUGUCUUCCAGUGAUACAGGCGAGUCCUGCUCUGAAGACGAAGGCCCGUCUACCUCCAAGAGAAGCCGUCGCGGCCUGCAGGCCCCCGGCUUGUGCCUUGGAGCCUUCCGCAGUACUGAUGCCAAGGCUGCGCCCUUUUGGAACCACCUGCUGCCCUCCACUCAGGAGCAGCCCAAGACUUCAAGCAGCUGUUCCAGAGUGGGAUCAAGACUUAAAAGCAGCGUUCGCUUAAAAUCACGCCAGCUGCGCAGUGGACGCAGGCGAGAAAUCAGUGGCCCCUCUCGCUCCAGCUGGCCUUCUGUCUCUAUCAGCCGCUCCCUCCUGGGCAAUUUUGAGGAAUCUAUUCUGAAGGGCCGCUUCUCGCCAUCGGGUCAGAUUGAGGGCUUCACUGCCGAGAUUGGAGCCAGUGGAUCCUACUUCCCACAGCAUGCCACCCUGCCUGUCCAAGUCACCUACUAUGACGUCUCUGAGCACAGCGCCCCAUCCCCCUUCCUGGGAGUGAUCUACCUAGAGGCUCUGGGAAAGAAGGGCUACAGCAUUCCCAAAGCAGGGACAAUCCAAGUGACCUUAUUUAACCCCAACAAAACAGUGGUGAAGAUGUUCCUGGUGACAUAUGACUUUGGAGACAUGCCUGUAAAUCACAUGACCUUUCUGCGCCACCGCAUCUUCCUGGUCCCUGUUGAGGAAGCAGAAGGACAAGUGGCUAAUGUAGAGGGAACGGCGAUGGAUAGGAAGAAAAUUCUCUGCUACCUGAUACACCUCAGAUUCCAGAGUUCCAAAUCUGGGAAAAUCUAUUUGCACGAUAAUAUACGGCUGCUAUUCUCCCGCAAAUCCAUUGAGGUAGACACGGGAAUCCCUUACGAGCUGAAAUCCUUCACCGAGGUGCCAAAAAACCCCAAAUAUUCCCCUCGAAUGUGAUGACUGCCCCCCCCCCCCCCAUCAGUUACCAGCGGACUAAGGAGCAGAAAAAAGGACUGCUUAUAUGGAAAAAGAAAGAGAUGGAGAAUUUUGAAAGACAAGCACCCUUCACAAGACUGAAUUCAGUGUUAACCUGCAUGCCUCGUAACAAAACCCACUUUUCUGCUACUGCUGCUUUAGUGACAGUAUUGCUCUUCAUCCUCCUUACACCCUCAUGGGACCCGCAUCCCUGUCCCAGCAGCAGAAAGAACGGCUGGCUGCUCUGUGGCUCAGCCCAGUGCCUCAGUCACACACACGGCAUCCUACACGGCCCACUUUUCUAAUUGGCGUCUGUGUCAAAACAUAUCUGGGGGAAAAGAGUAAAACGAAGAAGAUUGGUAAAAUGGCCAAAUGACAUUGGAGGGUUGCUGUUCUGAGAAAUAAAAUCGGAAAGGUUGUGUUUAUGGGGGCGACCUCUUUAUCCUAAUGAACCAUACCACUUGUGUUUUGGCAGAAAUCGUAAAAUAAAACCUCUUGUCUUACUCAUGGGAACAGUAGCAUUGUAAUGAGGGAGAAUGGGUUAGUUGAUGCUUAGUUCCUUAUCUGUUCUCUUUUCGUGUACAUAGUGCAAUUGUGUAUUACACCUGUUACAAUUAAGUGACAGGCCAAUAGAUAAUGCUGUUUAAUUUAUUAGUAUAGUUUGAAGCAAUAUGCUGCACAGUUAGUAUGUAAUGUUGAUUUGAAGUCCUUAAUGUACAGUGAAUUCUACAACCGUAGUAGGAACAACAAGGAAAGGCAUUUGUGUGGUUGGAGUGUCAAAAACUAAACGGAAUACUUCAUACAUACAUAUAUCACAUUUCUAUUCCAGCUUCAUGCCUUGCAUUAAAGCUGAGCAUUGAGCUGGAAAGUUAAUUCAUCUGCUGGCGUUCUGUCUUAUUUAUUUUUUGCCUAGUCAUUUCUGUUGUGCAAGAGCCCAAGCAAUUAAAAUUCUGUGCUGUAUUCACUGCUAGCUUACAAUCCUUACCUAUCUGAUAAGAUCCUAAGACCCAGAGGUAUUAAACACCAGGAAUGACUUUCCUGAGCAAAGCUUUAAACCAAGACUGCAGGCUGCAAGGAACAUUUAUUGAUUUAAUUGUGUGAUAAAUUUUGAAUAUUUAACAAAGAUUGGAUGUUUAAUAUUUAACAGAAUCUGGAAUCCGUAAGUGUGAAAAAAUUUUGUUAAUUUUUUGCUCAAUAAAAAUCUAUUAUCUAUUGUAAUCUUUUACAACUAA